UUUGCUAAAGGUUAGCCUCUGCAAGCUAACUUUAUCUUAUAGUUCGAUUGUUUCUGUUGGCUUCCUGUGGCUGUCAGAUUUAACUCGGUCUUUUAACAUAUUUUUUUAAUUAAAUGUGAAUUUAAAUAAAUUGAGAGAAACGAUACCAUGAACGGGAGUACAAAUCCACUGUUGGAUAAAGAGGAGCAUGUUUUGAAGCUUGGAGAAAGCUUUGAGAAAAGGCCAAAAUCUUCCUUUCACACCAUCAGAUAUGACUUUAAGCCAGCAUCUAUUGACACAAGCUGCGAGGGAGAGCUACAAGUUGGGAAAGGAGAUGAAGUUACCAUAACACUACCUCACAUUCCUGGUUCCACACCUCCAAUGACAGUAUUCAAAGGAAACAAGCGGCCAUAUCAGAAAGACUGUGUGCUCAUCAUAAACCACGACACAGGGGAAUUCGUACUGGAGAAGCUUAGCAGCAGCAUCCAGGUCAAGAAAACAAGGGCGGAGGGCAGCAGUAAGAUCCAGGCUCGAAUUGAACAACAGUCAGUUCGUUCCACUCAGCCCAGCUCUCAGUUUCGGGCCCCAACCAAACCAGGAGCUGGGAUCAAAACCUCCCCUUCACCAUCUAAGGACAACCCCUCCCCAGAACCACAGCUUGAUGACAUCAAGAGAGAACUGCGAGCAGAGGUGGAGAUGAUAGAGCAGAUGAGCAGCAGCGGCAGCAGCAGCUCCUCCGACUCGGAUGACGCCUCCGGAAGUGGUGAUGACAGCAGCAGCAGCGAUGGAGAGCGUGAUGCUCCCCGACCGCUCAGCCAGACCUCUCCCAGCCGCCAUCCCAUGGCCAACGGAGGAACUGACCGACAGCAGGGCAACAACCAGCUCAUGAACACGCUCCGAAAUGAUCUUCAGCUCAGUGAGUCAGGCAGCGACAGUGAUGAUGACUGAACCCUUUCCUCCUGCUUGCUCCUCCUCUUCCCAUCCUUUGCCUGAUUCACUUGUUUCCUUUGCUGUGAUUGCUGACCUCAGCUUUAUAUUUUGGUUUGAUUGUAUUUUUAAAAUUUUAUUUUAGUAUAUUCCUAAAGAUGACCAGCCUGGAGUGUAUUUUUUAUUAGAUGUAUAUUUUGUUUUGUAUAGUAAAACUUACCGGAGAGAUUUAGAAGAUUAUCUAUAUUAGUGUUCAUACAUAUUUUAAGUACUUAAAUAAGCUAGUUUUAUGUGCUUGUUUUGUCUGUUUUGUUGGGUUUUGUGGGGAUUUCUUUCUUUUGAAGAGGUAACAUGAACAAGUUACCUCAACAAGUUAAGUAGCCUCAUAUUUUUUUAGCCUUGUAUUAGAAAAAAUGGAAGUAAUCUCUGCAUCCUUGUUGUAUUUAUAUUGGCAAAUAAUACAACAAAAUUGCUGAUACUCUGCUCACAAGCAACAAAUACAAAGAAUUAAAAGGCAUUUAUAUAUAAACAUAUAAAGUUACUGCAGUAUGAUUAGAAAAAGUAAUGUCUAAGCUUAAUAUUUUUAUUGUUUGUAUUGACUUCCUUUUUAACUUCCAGUCAAAGUGAUUUGCCAAUAUUCUUAAAAAAAAAAGAAUGGAUUUAAAGCUUUACUUGGUGCAAGUUGGCCCACUGUUACAAGCUCACUCCUUUUACUCAGCUAUGGCCAAGUUGACUGGAGUCUUUUUACAGUCCACCUCUUUCAUCACCAGCUGUCCCCAUCAAACAAAAAGUCAGCUCCAGUCACCCGAAUGCACCUACUUCCUAUCACCUUCUAUUUGAUAACUUGGUAAAUUUAAUCUGACCUGCUUCUGUUAAAGUGGCUGUUUGACUUGCAUCAUAUUGCAGAUAUUAGAUGAUUUCCCCUCCACCACCACAUGGGGGCAGGAGAUGCUAAAAAAUGAUAAAAGAAAAAAAAAAAAACAUGCAUGUAUUGUCUAUGCUGGUAUAAUUAACAUCACAUGCAUUAAUUUAACUUAAAGUUUAACAUUUUUAUUUUUCUUUAUUGAAAGUCUAGUGUGGACUCUGUUCAGCUGUGUUUUCCCCCUUUUGGGAAAAAAAAAACAGGAUCUUACACUAGCUGUCAUGUGGAAACAGGACAAUAUACAUUCUUAAGGCAUCACACAUCUUUCUUUGGAAAGAACUCGGCAUAGAGAAGAGACCACAAAAAAAGUCAAUUACAUAGUUGGGGGGGGGGGGGGAAGAGCACUUAAAUAAACCAAAAUUCCCAUGUUACCUGCAAAGUUAUUGGUUGUGUUACCAAAGCAACAGUACCUUCCUGAGAGUGCAACACAUGACCUGAAUCUUAACGCUACAGGUUCAUUUUCUCAUCAGUGUUUUCAGUUGUAGUGUUUUGGACGUCAGGUGAUGGAAGCAUCAUCAUCGUUUGUUUUUUUUUUAAACAGAGAAUCGUAUUUUUCAUCCAGAAUGAUGUUAUAUUACCUUUCAAUGCCUUACAAGAUUUUUUUUCAUCAUAGAAAUCAGGCUGAAUGUUUAAUUUCUGAAAAUGCCAAAGAUUUAAACUCGUCAUGUAAAAGAUGUGCAGGAAUGUUCACCGUGUGAAAUCUGUCAUGUCAGCGUGUAACUGUAUUCAUUAUACUGUUUAGUUCAUACAGUAUAAGUAAGGAUGUCAGAGGUUUUUCCUUUAAUCUGCAGAGACAUUGGUGUUUGUGAAUAUCUUUCGGUUUUGUAUCAUCUGUCUUUUAUUGUUCAUUGGUGUGCUUCAACAGGUAGCAGUUUUACUGACAAACGUAAACUUCCAGAGGAAAAAACUGAAUCAUGGGAACUUUGAACUGUUUGGGGUGUGUGAUUAAAACAGCAGCAUGGUUCAAAAGACAACAGUAUUCAAUAUAGUUACUGCAUUGAGAACAUAUUCUGGCUGAUGUCAAAGUCUCUAUUGUUAAAUAUGAAGAAAUGUUAAAAUGAUAAAUUCUUACAUGUGAGAUAUUAAGCAUCUGAUGAAGAUGACCGCAGCCUUCAGGUGCUGUCCUGUUUUUAUAAGUGGAUGAACUGGAGAAGCACAUGGACAUGAAGGUUUUCCAGUCUGAUAUUUUCCCUGAAAACUGUUCCUUUUGCAACAUGUUAUGUUGUGUUAUGGACUUUGUUGUAUUUGUUGCUUUAGGUCUCAGGUUUUGUUUUAGAGCAACGUGUGUAUGUGAAUUAGGUUUGUACCCAUUUGAAGUGUAUUAAAAGUUUGCAUUGUCAUUG